AUGUCCAUUGAGUACUCGCAGCUGCUUCCUGGCGGCGCCGAAAAGUCGUCGGCUCUCCUGCACAGGGCUUCUCGACACAAUCGCUUCCUCUACCUCAUCAUCUGCGUUCUGCUGAUCGUCGUCACCUACAGCUACUAUCCGACCGAAGAGAUCGGCUUCGAAUGCCCCACAAUCACCAAUCAGUUCAUGCACAGUGGAGUUCCCGUUCAGAGCAUUCAAAGCAGUGCCCCGAACCCGUCCUCUGAGCUCGUCUAUCGAGGAGUCGUCGAUUCGAUGGAUGGCGUCGGAUACAAGUUCUCCGAAAACACUCCUCCGCCCUCUUUGGACCCCCGCUUCGACGAGCUCAAUGAGCUUCCGGAGUGUGAUUUGGACAAGGAUAGAGAUUCGAUUGUGAACGACGUCAAGCAGAUUAUGAGCAAGUUCGAAGAGUGCAUCACUCCGAUCAUCAAGGAAUUCCACGAGGAUCCAGUGUCGAUGAGUUUGAAUUGGGUGGAGCGGACCGAGAUUUGUGACAAGGUACCUUUGUUUGAAGCGCUCAACAUCCAAGCAUUCCCGAAUCUUCACGAGACCAAAUGGGUAAUUCUGCCCAAAUGCGUGAGUGGACAAAGAGCGAGUUCUAAGCAGAUAUCAUAUAUUUCAGAAGCAGCACAACACGAUGGUCACGUUGGGAGUGGGACAUGACACAAAAGCCGAGGAGCUCCUGAACCGCACCCUCCCGCUGACCGGCUUCUACGGAGCGGAUCCGAUCAUCGAGCCGAACAUCCAGUUGUACUCUCCGUUCGGAAAGUUCUUCCCGUUCGCCGUCGGAAGAAAAAGCGGAAUGUCGACGUUCAAAGUGCUGCCGAAUCAGAAUCAGAAGACGAGAAAGUACGUGAUGCAGGACGUGACGACCAUCGAAAUCAACUAUUUCCUCAAGUCGGUGCUCAACCUGAACCGCAUCGACAUCAUGUGGAUCGACAUUGAAGGCGGCGAGUUCGAGUUCCUCGACUACUUGCAUCGGGGCAGCAAGUUCGACGAGAACGGCAUCACGAUCUGUCAGCUCAACGUGGAGAUGCAUCCGGUGCUCAGAGAGGGCGGAUACCAACAGUUUAUGCUGUUCAUCGAGACGGUGCUCGAGCAGAAGCGGUGGAUGUUCUUGCGGCCGAGGAACACCGGAAAGGGCGUCCAUCGCAUGUUCUUCAUCAACAUGGAGGACCAGAAGUGUCUCCGCAAAUUUGUACAAUAG